UCUUUGUGCUGCAGCAUGAGUCGGUAUAAUAAUUUUAUUUAUACGGUGCAGCAUCGACGAUUCAGCGUUUGUAACAAUAAAUACAUCAAAACUUCAACAAGUAUUUGUAUAUCCAACUUUUCUGAGGCUUAUCCCCGGUAUUUGUCUGGACGCUGACGUGAAAUGGAACAUACCGAAAAAACUGAAGUUCGUAGUUUUACGACUUCCGGUCCACCACCUUACCCCAUGCCGGAACCUAAUGCGACUUAUGCCACUGGACCGGCACUCGCGCCACAGACCGUUUAUGUGCAAGCACCGGCACCUGGAACAAUGCUGUCUGCCGAACCGGUCAUGAUGACUUGUCCGCACUGCAGUCAGCAAAUCCAAACCCGAGUUGUAUACGAGAGUGGAGCGUUGACGUGGUUGUUAGUCGGAGGCUCACUCCUGAUCGGAUGCUGGCUUGGAUGUUGCUUAAUCCCAACGUGCAUUGAUGCUUGUAAGGAUGCUGUGCACACUUGUCCGAACUGCAAAAACUUCAUUGGAAAAUACAAGCGUUUGUGAAAUCCUAUACGGAAAGGUCAUCAUCACAAGCACUUCGCUGGCGUUUUUACUGAUUUUAAGCAUUUUGCUAACUUAAAAAUAAAAGGCAUCUUGCACAAUAUGCUAUAUGUAAGUUUGUAACACCUGUUGCUCUGCAUCGAAUAAUUUAUAGCAUCUGUGCCUAUAUUUUUGAAGUAAUUUUUUUGAAAUACUGUAAUAUUUUCGAAGACAGUUUUAAUAGAAACAUCAAAAUUAUUUUUAGUGCGGUCACUUUAACCUUUAGAUUCAUUUCUGCAGUGGUUGCUGCAGUGUCCGGCUUUUGCUGACUGUAGUAAAUCUAAACUGGGUGCGCUGUUAAAGUGGUUUUACGUAAUUUUGCUCUUUGCACUUUAUAUCUUUUUUCGUAAGCGUUUUUUUUGCGCCGGCCUUGCAGAUUAUUGUCAGACUGUUAAAAGUUAGUUAUUGUUAAAAAGCUGUCAAAAGGCUACGGCUAGCCGAUUUUGGCUGCUAUUACUGUAUAGAGAGCUGUUAUUACUAGCUGUACUGUACCUCUUACAAUUCAUAACAUUGAAGCUGUAUCAAAAUAUUUGUUCGCAAAGACAUUGUGCGGCUCACAUGAUGCCUAGCUCGAUUCCAACAAAUAAAGCAGUAA